AUGAGGAUGUGUGAUAGAGGAGUCCAGAUGUUAAUUACUACGGUGGGGGCUUUUGCUGCGUUCAGUUUGAUGACAAUUGCGGUGGGAACUGACUACUGGUUGUAUUCCAGAGGCGUGUGCAGGACUAAGAAUGCAAACGAUAACGAGACUAGUAGGAAGAACGAAGAAGUGAUGACCCAUUCGGGACUCUGGAGGACCUGCUGUCUGGAAGGAACAUUCAGAGGAGUCUGCAAGAAAAUCGACCACUUUCUGGAGGACGCGGACUAUGAGCAGGACGCAGCCGAGUACCUACUGCGUGCGGUGAGGGCGUCCAGCAUCUUCCCCAUACUGAGUGUGGGGUUGCUGUUCAUGGGGGGGCUGUGUGUGGCAGCCAGCGAGUUCUACAAGAGCCGGCACAAUGUUAUUCUCAGCGCCGGGAUCUUCUUUGUGUCUGCUGGCCUGAGUAACAUAAUCGGCAUCAUCGUGUACAUAUCGGCCAACUCUGGGGACCCGGGGCAGAGCGACUCGAAGAAGAGCUACUCGUACGGCUGGUCCUUCUACUUCGGGGCGCUGUCCUUCAUCAUGGCGGAGAUGGUGGGCGUGCUGGCCGUGCACAUGUUCAUCGAGAAGCACCGGCAGCUGCGCGCCAAGUCGCGCACCGAGCUGCUGAAGAAGUCCGCCUUCGGCCGGAUCCCCAGCUACCGCUACCGCUUCCGCCGGCGCUCCUCCUGCCGCUCCAGCGAGCCGCGCUCCCGCGACCCCUCCCCCAUGGGCAAGGCCUUCCCCGGCCCCGCGGCCGCCGACAUCUCCAUGUACACCCUCACCCGCGACCCCGCCAAGGCCGCCAUGAGCUCGCUGCUCAACUCCGAGAGGGAGUUCCUCCAAGCGCACAACUCCAUCCCCAAGGACUUCAAAGACACCCUGCACAGUAACCCGGCCAACAGGCGGACCACGCCUGUGUGA